AUGUCAGCCACAGAACCGUUUGCAAAGUCCAAAACCGGCGUCAAGGUGAUUAUUGUUGGAGCAGGUUUUGGAGGUCUUACUGCAGCUAUUGAAUGCCACCGUCAAGGCCACGAUGUCGAGAUCUAUGAAGCAUUCCCGGAACUGAAGCCAUUGGGUGAUAUUAUCUCGUUCGGGUCCAACGCCGGUAGAAUAUUCCGACGAUGGGGAGUCGACGGUUCGAUAGCAAAGAAGAUGCGAAAGCUCAGUAUCGACCUGACCAACUAUGGCUUCAACAUUCACAAAUAUACAGGAGAACUCAUCAUCAACCAAGUGACACCACCCCAAAAUCCUGACAUGCCAAUGUUUAACGGUCAUCGUGGAGAACUGCAUGAAGUUGUUUUCAAUUAUGCCAAAGACGAUCUUGGGAUCCCAAUUCAUCUUAACCAGAGAGUUGAGAAGUAUAUUGAGGAGCCUGAUAGGGCAGGAAUUGAGCUUUCACAUGGAGAAAAGGUUUGGGGCGAUGUGGUCAUCGGAUCCGACGGCGUGAGAUCAAAGGCGCGUGAAUUGGUCCUAGGAUAUUUCGAUAAACCAAAAAGUAGCGGUUACGCAGUUUUCCGAGCAUGGUUUCCAAACACGGAUAUGAUCAAGGACCCUCGAACGAAGCAAUUCUGCGAGAACGGGGAUACCUUCAACGGCUGGAUCGGUCAGGACGUACAUUUCCUGUUUUCGACCAUCAAGAACGGCAGCGAUUGCUGUUGGGUUUUGACGCACAAGGAUGACGCCGACAUUGAUGAAUCGUGGUCAUUCCCCGGCAAACUAGAGGACGUGUACAAAGUAUUUGAGGGAUGGGACCCCAUGUGCAAGGCCAUCGUCGAAAAGACACCCGAAAGCCACCUCGUCGACUGGAAGCUCGUGUAUCGUGACCCAUUGCCAACGUGGAUCAGCAAAGGUGGUCGCAUUGCCUUACUCGGAGACUCCGCUCAUCCGUUUUUGCCGACUUCAGCACAAGGUGCUACUCAGGCGAUGGAAGAUGGCGUCACAAUUGCUGUCUGCCUCAGGAGAGCUGGAAAGAAAGACGUUCCCGAUGCCGUUCGGACAUAUCAAAGAAUAAGAUACGACCGUGUCAGAGCAGUGCAAAAAACUGGAGAGACCACGCGUGAUAUGUGGCACAAGGCUGACUGGGACAAGGUCAAGGAGAAUCCUGAAUCUGUCCAAUUUCCUCGUGAAGACUGGAUCCAUUUGCACGAUGCCGAGAAACACGCCGAGGAGGUAUUCGACGAAAAUUUCGGCCAGGUUCAAGCUGCAGUAAACGGUACACAUUGA